GGACGCACGCCGUUGUCUUGGGCUGCUGCGGGAGGACACGUUGGCGUUGUACGGGUAUUAUGCAUCGAAGGUGCGAACGCUGAUGCAGUCGAUGAUUCACAUCGCACUCCAUUGUCGUGGGCAGCUUCAAGAGGAAACGAAGAUACCUUGCAGCUUCUCAUCGAUGCCAGUUCAGAUAUUAAGUCUGCAGACUCUCAAUUUUUGAGAGCUCCACUCCACUGGGCAGCUUCCAGAAACAGGCCAGGUAACGUAAGACUACUUCUACAGCAUGGAGCCCAAGUUGAUGCUAUUGAUGGGUCGUCCAGAACGCCGUUGUCCUUAGCUUCGGAAGAGGGAUACGCUAGUGUCGUCGAGAUACUCCUCAAGAAUGGGGCUAACAUCGAGGCCUGUCAUCCUGUGCAUGAACAAGCUCCUUUAUCAAUGGCGUCUGAGUGUGGACAUGAAGAUGUGGUACGGUUGCUGUUAGCGCAUGGGGCCAAGGUCGGCGCAACGGACUUCCAAGGCUUGACAGCACGGGACCGGGCUAUUGAUCAAGGGCACGAUGAGAUCACUAAAAUGCUUGGAACCUAUCAGGGGGAGCGGAUUUCUUUGUCUUAUAGAUAG